AUGUCUGAAAACCCCUACCGAGUUGACCAUUCAGCCGACGAGAUGGAACCGUUCUUGGGAAAGUCAAAGCCACCAACUGGGUUAACAGAACAUUUCAGCGAUGAGAAUCUGCCAGGCGUCGCCCGAGGCUCAGUUGACUCUGCGUUGCCUUUGCGAGCAACGCCCUUUGAGCGCAAAGCUGCACUCGUCAAUGCAGAACUAGACAAAUUCGGAUUCGGCAGGUACCAAAAGUGUAUAUGGACGCUAUGCGGAUUCGGUUAUUUUCUUGACCUGGCGUGGGCACAGGGAGUUGGGUUGCUUGCUUCGGCUGUGUUCCAGGAAAUGGAUGUACCACCAAACAGACAAGGACUGAUUUUCACCUGCUCCAACGCAGGUCUGGCCGUCGGCGCAUUUGUGUUCGGAAUCAUCACAGACAUUAUUGGCCGCAGGUGGGCAUUCAAUUUGACCUGUUUGAUUACAUCGCUUUUUGGCAUGUUAUUGGCUGCAGUCAAAUACAAUUACGCAGCAAUCUGCGCCGUUUACUUCCUUUCCUGCAUCGGCCUAGGAGGCAAUAUCCCAAUCGACGCUGCCAUCGUCCUAGAGUUCCUACCGCAAAAUCGACGUUUUCUUGUCGCCCUAUUGGGCAUGUGGCAACCCAUAGGAGUGGUCGUUGCAUCAGCCAUCGCCUUCGGCACCGCCGCCAAAUAUCGAUGUGAUGUAGAUUUACCGGCCUGCAACGCCGCUGGUCUCAAGCCCGGCGAGGCCUGUUGCACUGUGAGCAGUAACAUGGGUUGGCGAUACGAAGUCAUCAUCAUCGGCGUAAUCACAUUUCUUGUCUUUUUUGUUCGCUACUUCAUCUUCACGUUCCACGAGUCGCCCAAGUUCUUGGUUAGCAAGGGCCGAUAUGAGGAGGCUAUUGAAGUGCUGCACAAGAUUGCGCAGUUCAACAAGGCCCCAAUUCCAACUCUGACUUUGGAGGAUUUCCAGGCUGUGGAUAUGGAAAUGGAAAAUGAGGAACAGCAACAUCACGACAGUGUCAAGACAGUCAAAGCUCGAUUAGCGGAUAGUAUCACUUUUCUGCGCGAGUUGUUUUUGUCCAAGAUGCAAUGCUUUAUAUUCAUCCUUCUGGCCCUUGCAUAUAUGGGCGAUUACUGGUCCUUCACUCUGGCCGGAUCUUUCCUCCCCAUAGUGCUGCUCCGCAACAACGUCAGUAGCGGAGUCGACGUUACAGAGACGUAUCGCCAGUACAUUUACAUUUAUCUUCCGGGUAUCAUUGGCGCCAUUCUUGCGCUAUUUUCCGUUCAACUUCCUCUUAUCGGCAGGAAGUGGUCGCUCGUCAUUUCGGCCUUGCUGCAGGGCUUGUCGAUGGCUUUGUAUACCCAGGUCAAGAACACUGCAGGCUACGUUGGCCUCAACGCGCUGGAGUACAUUAUGCAGACCUAUUUCAAUGCCGUCCUCUACGCAUCCGCACCAGAAAUGUUCAACACCACCAUCCGUGCCAGCGCCAGCGGGAUGCUGUCUUGUCUGGGUCGUAUUGCUGGCAUUGUUGCUCCAAUCGCAGGUCAGAAUUUCAUAGCUAAUGGAACGUCCGGCGUGCUGUGGUUGGGCGCUGGAGGCAUCUGGCUAGCGGCAUUUUUCAUGUGCUUUUUACCGAUAGAAAUGCGGACUAGACAGAUGUUUUAG